UCGGAGAGUUUCUCAGUCCGUCAGCGUCCGGAGUGAACACCGACCCGAUACCGACCUGUAACCGAAUCAGCGAGUCAAACACCGGAGAGACAGAAGCAAAAAUGGUGGCGAAGCAAAGAAUCCGCAUGGCGAACGAGAAGCACAGCAAGAACAUCACUCAGCGAGGGAACGUGGCCAAGUCAAACAGGAACAUGACUGAGGACAAAGGUGUUGGUCCCUGGCUUCUUGCUCUCUUCCUCUUCGUUGUUUGUGGAUCCGCCAUUUUCCAGAUCAUCCAGAGCAUCAGAAUGGGCAUGUAAAGUGAUGUCACCAAAAGGGGUGGGGCAACGACGCAGAGCAGCUGAAGACUGAGCCAUGAACGCCAGCAUCGUCAGACGCAUCAUCGUGUUCCCACCCGAACCUGAACCACCAGAACAUUCCUGAACUCUGACAUUCCUGCCCAGAAUUGACCAAACAAACCCUGAGAACCAGCCCGCCCCCGUCGAACAUCACCCCCCUGAUAACUAGCGUCUCUGCCUGUUAUCUAUGUUGAUUUAAUGUGUUGCCACCCACUGACCUUCUCAGUGUCUCUCCUGCCUGUAAACAAGCCAUACAUGUGCCUUUCUCUGUUUACCUGUGUUUAAGCCCUGCCCCCUCUGAUUAAACCUCGGGGGGGUGCGGGCAGAGUCAUAGUCCAACCUGCUCGUGUUUUUCUGCAGCCAAAAUAAAUGAAUCUCUAUGUGAUGAGAGUUGGUCCUGAGCUGAGCUCAGGUUUUUCCUCCUCCUCAGACACAAGUUAGAGGACAAGGACAGACCUGAGCUCAGGUGUGUCCUCCUCUGAGGAUGAUGUGUCUUACUUCUCCACAAGAGGACAAGACAGGGGGGGUGAGGACAGACCUGAGCUCAGCGGUGCCCUCGUCUUCCUCCUUCUCAGAGGACAUGAUGAAGGUGAUGAAGGUCUUUUGAAUCAGAAGGUUGGGAGAUGCUGACCAGGUGUGUGUCUGCACUGUGUGCAGCCUCAUCUGAACAAUCGUGUUCACACAAUAAAGUUUGAUUUGAAAAUGGA